AUGGAUUCAAGACGGCCAGAAUCAUUUUCUCUGUUUGAUCCACAAGACUAUGACGAUAAUGACAGCUAUCGCACGCCCGACGGACAACAUUACAGCGGCCAGCGUCAUCCAGAGCUAGGCCAAUUCAGUAUUGGCAACACACUGAGCAAUCCAGCAGCAGUAGCAGCACCCGUCGGACGUCGGCUCAACCUAGAAGGCAUUGAAAGGGUGGCAGCACCCCAGUUUUCAAUGUAUUCCCAGCAUGCACCAACAUCCCCGCAGCAUGAUAGCCAUAGCAGCGCCUUUGCCACACCAAUAAUGCACCAACACCACUAUCGUAUGGGUGCAGGAACCCAAGACAUGAAUAUGUACGAGACACCGGUUGCGACAAAACAGACGAACGUCGCGCUUCAGUCGGAGGCGGAGAUGAAAACGGAACUGGUCGAUGAGGAUUUUAUUUUAAAUCUCAGGCAAGAGGGUGACCUCGCGCGACUGACGCGCAAGGCUGUCGAGGAUACCAAGACGGCAUGGAAAAAAGAGACAAUGCAGAGGUUGCGCGCACAGGUGGCUAGCUUGGAUGACGACGCGUGGAUGUACCAGAGUGGCAAAUAA